UAUUUUGUGUAUAGGAAAGGAAGGAAAAUUAUGAUGAAAAUACUGGCCUUGCACCAUUCUGAUAUACGUCCGUAAGGAUAAGGUGUUGUUUAGGAAGUGCUGAAUUAAUUUUUAUUACCUUAAGAGCUCGUAUGCUUUCGUGACAUAAUUAUAUUUGUCAUGUAUUUUUAGAAGAUUCAACUUAUGUCGCCCGUUGGCUCUCAACAAAACGCAUAGACUUAUGAUGUGACACGUUAUUUAUAAAAAAAAUGUGAAUAACAUAUUGAAAUUUGUUGCUAGGUCUAUUGCUGUCAUUCGAUAAAUAUGGGUGCCUAUCGCUAUAUGCAAGAAUUGUAUAGGAAAAAGCAGAGCGAUGCUAUGCGAUAUUUGCUUCGAAUACGUGUUUGGCAGUACCGGCAGCUCACAAAAUUACAUCGGUCUCCACGACCUACACGCCCGGAUAAAGCCCGUCGUCUAGGAUACAAAGCUAAACAAGGUUUUAUUAUAUAUAGAAUUAGAGUGCGCCGAGGAGGUCGUAAACGUCCCGUUCCCAAAGGAUGUACUUAUGGUAAACCGAAAAGCCAUGGUGUUAAUAAAUUAAAACCAUAUAGAGGGCUACAGUCAAUCGCGGAGGAACGCGUGGGGCGCCGACUGGGAGGUUUGCGCGUACUCAACUCUUAUUGGGUAGCACAGGAUGCUUCAUAUAAAUACUUCGAAGUUAUCUUGGUUGACACCCACCAUAGUGCUAUACGUCGAGAUCCAAAAAUAAAUUGGAUUUGCAGACACGUGCACAAGCAUAGGGAACUUCGAGGCCUUACAUCAGCAGGCAAAAGUUCUCGAGGUAUAGGAAAAGGAUACAGAUACUCGCAAACAAUUGGUGGGUCUCGACGUGCUGCUUGGAAACGCAAGAACCGUCUACAUAUGCACAGGAAACGUUAAUAAAUGCCAAUAUAACAAAUUUGUGUACGUAUAUUUACAUACAGAAAUAAAGUCGCAACAGAAAUA